AUGGGGUUCUCUAACCCCCUCCGCUCGCGGCACGGCCAUGGGCCUCAACUACCCGUUUACGAGAAGGUCCCCAAAGAUCAAUUGUCCUCUCAGGAGGACUAUGAUUCCGAAAUCACAGACGACGAGCGCGAAGACGACUCUUCGGCCGCAUCCUCGCCCAGUCGAGACUCAAGACGGACAACCUCCUCCCUGUCCUCGAAAACAAACAUGAUCAAGCGAAAACUCACCGUCAAUGCCACCCUGGCACCACCAACAACCGCAGCCACCAUACUGAGUCCUAUUGCCUCCAGACGAACCACCUUCACCCUCUCGCGCCGCGGUACCGGCUGGAAACUCUACCGACUCCCUCACAAGAUUACACGCCUGCUCUGCCUCGGCCUCUUGGUAGGCAUAAUAUUGUUCAUCUCUGCACUGUACCAUGCAGGCAUAUCAGAAAACCGGAGGAUAAUGAAGGGUGAAUUUCCGCCACGACCACCCGGCCCAAAUACUUGGGAAUCCUUCAACUUUCUCACACGGUAUUAUGGAGGUAUAAGAACGCUAGUACCUUUCCAGGACAACGUGCCUCAAUACCCGCGACUCGUCGAUGAGAUGCCCUUCAAUGGCACGGACGAGGCUGGGCCGGCGUUCUACACGGGCGCGCGUGAGCCUGUUGAGAGCUCCGCCGUACCUCCGAGCAAGGCAUUUGCGUCCGAGUAUAAGAAAUCGGUUUUCGCCAAAGCUGGCGCGGUGAAUGAGUGUUUCCUGGAUAGCGAACAGACUAUUAAAGUCCCGCAUAUUCGGUACUACGAUGGGCGUCCUGCCGGGUUCCCUCAAAACGUGCUAGGUUCCUACGAGCUCCUGGAUCUUCCCGAAGAUAUUUGCUUCGACCGCCAUGGCAGGCUCAGCCCGUAUGGAUUUGGAUAUUCGGUCCGUUCUGGUGGUCUAGGUAUUGGCGAGCACGGAGACAAGGAUGGGGCGCAACUGGUAUGGAAAGAUCGUCAGCAAAUUGACUGGCGCAACACCGACUGGGCUGAUGUGCAGCGUCGGUGCUAUCAGUCCAACGCAGAGCUCUAUAAGCCACUCACCCGCAGACACCACCCUCCUCGUGGGUUCUAUAUCAACGAGAAGCUCGCCAACGAGACCCUAUUCAAGAGAGAUGAAGGUAUUCCACAGAUCGGGGAGGCACAGGUACCUGGCUCAGUUGCGGACGUCGCCAGGCCUCCAGCGGAAUUAAAGGAGGGAACCAAAGGCAAGACUACCGGCGAGGCAACUGACAAGGCAGCUCAGAAGCCAGUCGAUGGCUUGCCCCGGACAGCUAUCGUCAUCCGUUGUUGGGAUGAGUAUCCGUGGAGAGAGGAGGAUGUCCUGUAUAUGAGGACUAUCAUCACCGAGCUGUCUCUUGCGUCUGGCGGACGUUACGACGUCCACCUGCUUGUCCAAGUUAAGAACGAUGCAGCAUACCCUAUUUGGGCCGCCGACGAAGUUUACCAGCAGAGGAUCAAAGACACGGUUCCUAAAGAGCUGCAGAGCAUGGUCACUCUUUGGACUGAAACGCAGAUGCUUUCUCUCUAUCAAGGUAUCCAUGACCUGUGGACUCGAGGGAUGGACUUGCCUGUUCACGGAGUGUAUCGCGGUUUGCAAAUGGCCAUGCAGUACUUCGCAUACAACCACCCAGAGUAUGACUACUUCUGGCAAUGGGAAAUGGACAUACGGUAUACCGGCCACUACCUCGAUCUGUUCACAAAGAUGGAGCAGUGGGCUGUACAGCAGCCGAGGAAAGGUCUCUGGGAGCGAAACGGUCGCUUUUACCUACCAGCGGAGCACGGCACCUGGGAAGACUUCAAGCAGAUGGCGCGUGUGCAAUCCGAGAUGGGAACACCCGGUGCCGACAACAUGUGGAAUGGUCUGGGUGGCAAGCCGAAGCCACUUGAAUACUCGCGCGGAGAGAAGGUCAUCUGGGGCCCAGUCCGCCCUGUCGACGAUAAAGAUUGGUUCGAGCCCGAAAAUGAUCCAGUCCCGCCACGAGCGUACGAGCACGACAAGUACCAGUGGGGCGUUGGUGAAGAACCCGACCUGAUCACACUGAACCCCAUGUUUGAUCCAGAGGGUACGACUUGGCUGCUGGCUGACGAUAUCACCGGCUAUAACGAGUCCGAGGGUAUCGGCAAGCCUCCCCGUCGCGCCCAGAUCAUCACGGCUUCGCGAAUGUCCCGCCGGAUGCUCAUGACCAUGCACCGCGAGACGGCGUUCAAGAAACACCAUGCGUUUCCUGAGAUGUGGCCGGCAACGGUAGCCCUGCAGCACGGAUACAAAGCGGUUUAUGUCCCGCACCCGCUGUAUGUCGAUCGCGAGUGGCCCACUCAGUACAUGGCUCGAGUUUACAACGGCGGCAAGAACGGCGGUACGGGUGGCGCGAGGACGUCGGUAUUCGGCCAGAGAGAACACAACCUCCAGGGUCUGUCAUGGUUCUACAACUCAGGCUUCGCACCGAACCUUUACCGUCGAUGGUUGGGGGUGAAGGUCAACAAUGACGGCGGCGAGGAGUUCGAGCAGGUGAGGGAUAUGAGCAAGGAUGAGAGCACGGUCGGCCUGAUGCGCGGCGGCGAGGGGCGCAUGUGCCUACCACCAAUGUUGCUGCAUCCCAUUAAAGGGGUUGAACUGCCUGUUGAGCAGGACCCGGUUAAAGAGGAAGUCGUUGAGUCAGACCCAGCCGCAUAA